GUCUGUGUGAAGUUUCUAGUGCAAUUUACAACUGGAGGGAAGCUCCGACCCUGCUGCCUGGGCUGCUCAGGAAGACACUAAACCGAAUGUUCCAGGAGCCAGAGAGGGAGCACCGAUGAUGAGAGUCGGCGUGCGGGGGCUCAUCUCGUUCUUCAUGAUCUUGGCUGGGCACGGUGGCCUCCUGGGGAGAAACGAUGACAUCCAAACCAAGAGAGAACUCCCUGUGAAUCAGAGGAAGCACCCAGGUCCAGUCCAUGAAUAUGAACUGCUUCUUCAGAUGUCCUAUAGAGAUCCCAACGAGAAAAAGACCUUGAAGAAUUUCCUCCAGCUCUUGGGGCCAUCAUCGUUAUUAUCACAUGGGCCACUGAAGAUGAUCAGAGCAAAGGCUACUACAUACUGUAGCAGCGUGAACGGAGGCCUGCAGUGUGCUUGUGAGGAUGGCUACGCCUGGUUUCCACCCACGUGCCUUGAUCCCCAGCAAUGCUACCUUCACACGGAAAGAUCCUUCCGGAGCUGCAACUGUCAGGGCAACAACCUCAGCCAGAGUGUCAACUUCUGUGAGCGAACAAAGAUUUGGGGCACUUUCGAGAUUAAUGAAAAAUUUACCAUAGAUCUUUUGAAUUCAUCUUCUGCCAUCUUCUCCAACUAUACAACUGGGAUUGAAAUUCAACUUAAAGGCGUAUACAAAAGGAUUCAAGGUUUUGAGUCCAUUCGGGUCACCCAAUUUCGAGAACUCAUAACAAAAUUGAAACUCCACCACAACAUAAAUGCAUAUGUGGAAGGAAGAUGCACCCUUGUUGGCUAUGAAGUCAUUGGGUCCAGCAGCCCCUCUGAGCUGCUGUCAGCCAUUGAACGGGCGGCGGAGCAGGCCAGGGAAGCCCUUCACAAGCUGUUCCCGCUGGAAGAUGACUCUUUCCGAGUUUUUGGACAAGCCCAGUGUCACAACGUGGUCUUCGGGUAUGGACUCCGGAAUGGCGAGUACACCCUGCCCUGUAGCCAAGGCUACGUGGGGAGCAUCACAGCCAGGUGCCAGUCCUCUGGGUGGCAGGUCACCAAGGAGUCCUGCGUGCUCUCUCAGCUGGAAGCCCUGAAAAAGAAUCUCAGCGUGAUCGCAGACAACAUCACAGAGGCUGCCGUGUCGUCCCUGGUGAAGAAUCUUUCUACCAUCCUUAAGCAAAACCCAUCAACCACAGCUGGGAAUCUAGCUUCGGUGGUGUCCCUUCUGGGAAACAUCACCUCCCUGUCACUGGCAAGGCGUGUCAAGGUGUCCAAUGCCACAAUGGAGGAUGUCAUCAAUAUCGUUGACCAUAUCCUGAAUUCAGCCUCUCUCACCAACUGGACCCUACUACUGCAGGAAGAAAAACAUGCCAGCUCACGGCUCCUGGAAGCGGUGGAGACCAUCAGCACCCUGGUGCCUCCAACAGCCUUGCCCCUGAAGCUUUCUCGGGAAUUUAUUACCUGGAAAGGGAGCCCCGUGAGCAAAAGCAAACUGGAACAGGGCUACCACUUUCAGAUGGAAAUGUUCCCGGCAAAUGCCUCCAUGCCCGUCAGAGGGGAGGUGUUCAUUGGGCCAGAGCAGUUCCGUAAGUCCCUUCCAGAAACUAUUAUCAGCCUGGCCUCGUUGAAUCUGCGACACAUUCUACCGAGCGCCCGACUUGAGAACGCUCGGAUCAAUGGGCCUGUGAUAUCCACUGUCAUCCACAACUAUUCCAUACGUGAAGUUUUCCUGAUCUUCUCCAAGAUCGACCCAAACCUGAGCCAGCCCCAUUGUGUGUUUUGGGAUUUCAGCCGUUGGCAGUGGGACAGUGCAGGCUGCUCCCUAGUGAAUGAGACUCCUGCCUCGGCGAUGUGCCGGUGUACUCACCUGACCUCCUUCUCCUUGCUGAUGUCACCCUUUGUCCCCACUGCCAUCACCUCUGUUGUGCAGUGCAUCACCUACGUGGGGCUGGGCGUCUCCAUUGGCAGCCUCGUCUUAUGCCUGAUUCUUGAGGCUCUGUUUUGGAAGCACGUCCGGAAGAACCAAACGUCGCACACGCGUCACAUUUGCAUGGUGAACAUAGCCCUGUCCCUCCUGAUUGCUGACGUCUGGUUCAUUGUCGCUGCUUCUGUGGACCCCGUGGCAACCCCUUCGGGAUUCUGCGUAGCUGCAGUCUUUUUCACCCACUUCUUCUACCUCGCCUUGUUUUUCUGGAUGCUCGUGCUUGGGGUCCUGCUAGCGUAUCGGAUCGUCCUCGUGUUCCACCACAUGGCCCUGCCUGUGAUGAUGGCAGUCGGCUUCUGCCUGGGCUAUGGGUGUCCCCUUGUGAUAUCUGUCAUCACCAUCGCUGUCACACUACCCAGCGAUGGCUACCGAAGGAAAGACGUGUGUUGGCUUAACUGGUCGGAUGGAAGCAAGCCUCUCCUGGCCUUUGCAAUUCCUGCACUCACCAUCGUGGGCGUGAAUCUGACUGUGGUGCUGCUCGUGCUCCUGAAGCUCCGGAGGCCGGCUGUUGGAGAAGGGAUGAGCCAGGAUGACAAGGCCACGGCUCUCCGCAUGGGGAAGAGCCUGCUCAUUCUGACGCCUCUGCUGGGGCUCACCUGGGGCUUUGGCCUAGGGACCCUGGUGAAUAGCCAAACCCUGGCGUGGCAUGUUAUUUUUGCUUUGCUCAAUGCAUUCCAGGGAUUGUUCAUCUUGUGUUUUGGAAUAUUCUUGGAUAGUAAGCUUCGACAACUUCUGUUCAACAAGCUAUCCCCAUUAAUCUCUUGGAAGCACUCAUCACAGCAAAACGAAUCUGAAUUAACGUUCAAGCCCAGAUUCUCCAAUUCUUUCAACCCAUUGCAACACAAAGGCAUAUAUUCUCUUUCGCAUACUGGAGACUCCUCAAACGACGUCAUGCUAACUCAAUUUUUAUCAACGGAAUAAGACUAGGAACCAUAAAAUCAAGGGGGAACAAAUGGAGCAGUUUGACAUUUGGAGCGAAAUGUCAGGGAAGAGAUCGUGCCCAGAAUUGGAUGGGACUUUCUGUAUUUAGGGGUCUGGCAACAAAAUGAGAUCUCUGAGUCUUCAUCGCCGCCUCCUUUAUCUUCAAGGAAAUGGAAAGAAGAUGAUUUUUCAGGUGGUUUGAUUCUGAAAAAUUGCUCCAAAAUUACAGAAGAAUCUAUUUUGUUAGAGUAUAUGUCACGUGCACCUGCUUCUCACUGCUUUCAAAGGUGGCUUUCCUUGUCAUGAAAGAGCAUGAUUCACGAGCAUUGUCCAGAUGCUAAAAGUGUCAUGAAACCGCCUCAGAUAAACAGACAGGCUGCCACGGUCUUGCCACAAAGCCAUUGGUGAAAAAUUCUUGCAGUAAAGCUUUACCUCUCAAGGUUUUAAGUUGAAUUUUAGGCCAUUUUUGGGUCCCCUCCCCUUUCUUUUUGUUCAGCCACUUUCAUGCUGAGAGUUCUCCAGAAAUAAACAUGGGAGCUUCCAUUCCAGAGAGCUUGGUAGCCAUGGAUCAAGAAGUGUAAUAAUGUCACUUCCCUGCUUCAAACUGCACUUUGGUCUGCUUCCAGCCGAGGGAAGGCAGCUGUCCCAGGGGACACCGAAGGCAGAGCUGAAGAAAGGGAGAGUUAGAGAACCGAAAAGACUCGCCUGGAAGUCUGAGGAGGGAACCUGGACUUUCUCGGGCUUUGGAUUCCUGCUCCAUUAGGGCAGCCCCAUGAUGGCCUUGAAAAUGACCUACCAUCUUAAGAGGUCUUUCUCGAGUCAGAUAUAUUGUUCAUCAUGCCCAGAAUUCUCUGUUUGUAAGAAGCAAUCGAGGGGCGUUUGGUUACUUGCUUUCUGGGAACCAUCACAAGGAUUUACUUUCUUUUAUUUUUUAUGGAGGGCUCUUACUGCUCUUAUA